AUGCCGAAACGAAAGCGCGGGGAACCCAAUCUUGGGGAAAAGCUUGAGAAGCACUGCAACGAUGUAUCCAAGGCUUUGAAGGCCGCAAAAGGUCUCGAGCGCCAGCGAUACAGCAAGAGACUUCAUGAGGAUAAGGUUGAGCCUGAGAAGAAGGAAAGAUUGGAGCGGGAAGUGACCGUCUUGAAGUCGCUCGAUCUUCAUCAAACAGCCCGCGCGCAUUUGUACUCGUCAAUUCUCAAAGUCAAGGACCUCGCCGCAUCUCCCAAUCUCCCCGAAGACGUCCGCACCGGCGUUCCCAAACCCGAACUCACUCCCGAAGAACAAGCUGCUCUGCACAAUGUGACCAGUGGAUUAUAUAACCGCGAACUUGUUAAGCAGGCCAUCACCCGUGCCAUCACUACCUUCUGCCAGGCCCUCGACGUUCCUCUACCCGGAAAGGCGAAACGUGUACGAAAGUCUAAAAAGGACGAGCAGGAGGAGCAGCCGUCCGACCGGAUAGAAGAGGAUGCUAAGCCUGAAGCCAAACCUGCCAAGGAAAAUGUACGGGCAUCAAUCGAGAAGGAGGAAGAGGUAGAGGAAGAGGACGAGUCAGAUUUUGAGGGCUUCUCAGACCAUGAUGACCCUGUACGAGAGCCUGAGGAGCUCGACAGUGAAGAGGAAUCAAAAGAAGAAAAGUCUCUGUCGAAAUAUGAGCAUCUGCUAGGCGGUUCUUCGGACUCAGAUUCGGACGAUUUCAACGACGAGCGCUUCGAGAAAUUUAAGGGCAAAGAAAAGGUCAACCUCGACGACAUCUCUGUUUCUGGCUCGGACGCAGCACCCGGGCUUGGUUCCGAGUCAGAGCCCGAAUCAGACGCGGAUGAUCAGCUUUCGAUCUCUGCAUCGCCUUCACCACCCCCGGCCAAGAAGAAGAAGCAGAAGGCAUUUGCACCCGGAGAUCGUGACUUCCUGCCCACUCUUAUGGGCGGCUAUAUCUCAGGUUCCGAAUCUGCCUCUGAUGUCGAUGUGGCACCCGCGAAGAAGCGCCGCGGCCAACGGGCUCGUCAGGCAAUCUGGGAGAAGAAGUUUGGCAACAAGGCAAAGCAUCUGCAGAAGCCAGCUUGGGAGACACAGGGCGGCCGCGAGGCCGGCUGGGAUGCUAAGCGUGGUGCCGUGGAGACGGGAGAUGGCCCGCGAACGCCUUGGAAGAAGGGCAUUCGUAACCCUCUAGCUAGCGGCGCGAGGGCGGAGGCCAAGCCUGAGGUGAACAGACCGCCGCCGAAGAAGGACGAUGAAGGACCACUGCAUCCUAGUUGGGUGGCCAGGAAGCAGGCGAAGGAUGCAGAGAAGACGGCGGCGUUUGCGGGUUCAAAGAUUACAUUUGACUAG